AUGAUAUCAUAUAGUUAAUAAACAGGAUUGGGAAAUUUAGGGAAUACUUGCUUUAUGAAUAGUGCCAUUCAAAUAUUAUGCAAUACUCCUGGAUUUACAGAUUACAUUUUAAAUGAUAUUUAUUAAUUUGAUAUAAACUUAAUAAAUCCAUUAGGAAGUAGUGGUGAGAUUAUUUAAAGUUUUGCCAGUCUUAUAAAGGAAUUAAAAAGUAAAAAAUAACAAUUUGUCAUUCCGAAUUCAUUUAAAAAAGCUUUUUCCAAAUUUUAUAAUAUUGUAAAGAAUUAAUAUAUAUUAUUAGUAUAAUGGAAAUGAACAACAUGAUGCAGCAGAAUUUCUAUUAUAAUUAUUAGAUGCUAUAAAUGAAGAUGUAAAUUAAAUAAAAAAAAAACCUUAUGUGAUUAUGCCCUCUAGUAAAGGAAGAGAAGACUUAGUCGUGGCAAUAGAAUCUUGGGAUGUUCAUAGUCAGAGAAAUUAAUCUAUUAUUACUUAACUAUUCUAAGCUUAAUUUAAAAGCAAAAUUGAGUGUCCUAAUUGUAAAAAUAUAUCGAUUACGUAUUUUUUAAUUAUUUAUUUAGCUUUGAUCCAUAUAUGAUGAUUUAAUUACCAUUAGCAACAAAAAAAAAUGAAAAAGGGAUUGUUUAUUAUUUAUUAGAUGAUUAAUAAAUGUAAAAAUAAAUGAUUUUAUCUGUCUUUAAAAAUUAUAAUUUUGAAUGGAUUUAAAAUGAAAUUAGGAAUUAAUUGAGAACUUAAGAUCUAGUAUUCAAUUUAUCCAAUAUGUAUGCAAAUUAAGAAAGUAUUUAUUUAUUUUAUUAAAAUUAGUCAGAUCAGAAGAUGAUAUUUAGUAUUUAAAAUAAUAACUUCAACAUUCAAAAUUGCUUGUUAGACCAAUGAAUAUUUAUGAAAUCUAAAUUCCUUAUAACUAUAGAUGUCAUACACUCAUUACCCAUAUGAAUUCAGAAUUUUAAAUUUUAACUGAAAUUAUUACUAUCAUUUUUGAUUUCAGAACUAAAAUUUUUGAAAUCUAUGAUUAUAUUGAAAAAACUUAUGUUUAAAAAUUUUAAUGCUAAUUCGAUUUAUUUUUAGAAUCAAACUCAUAAUAAACAGAAUAACAAUGCUAUUUUUGUCAUAAAACUUAUUGUAAAUUUUGCGAAUUGAAAAAAUGCUAACACAGUUUAAAAUUUUAUAAUAAUUGCAUUUCAUAACCAAAUUUUUAAUUGAAUAUUAUCAUCAAGUGGUAUGGCUAAGGAGUUCCUCUAAUUUUUAAUAAAGAAGUUUCAAAUCUUAAAUUAGAUGAUAAAAAUGAUUAAUUUUCUAUUAAUAAAUCUUCAAUUACAAUUUAUGAUUGUUUAAACUAUUCAUAACAACAAUAAUAAUUAGAUGAAAACAAUUCAUGGUACUGCAAUUAAUGUAAUUAACAUGUAAAAGGAAUUAAAUAGUUAUUAUUAUAUUCAACACCACAAAUAUUAAUAUUCUAACUUAAAAGAUUUAAAUCAUCAGAUGAUAUCAGUUAAAAAAUAAAAAACAAUAUAUUUGUCAAAUUUCCAUAGAUUCUUAAUAUGGCAAAAUAUGUUACAAAUUUGAAAGUAUUUUAUGAAAUAAAUUUUAGCUACCAAAUGAUUAUUUAAAUGGUCAUGAUAUAAAUGAAUUAAAAUAUAAACUAUUUGGAGUUAUAAAUCAUUAUGGAGAACUUUAAGAAGGCCAUUACAAUUCUUUCAUUAAAAAUUUAGAAGAUUAAAAAUGGUACUGCUAUGAUGAUUCUCAAGUCACAGAAAUGCAAUUGCAAGACAUAGUGACUGAAAAUGCAUAUGUCUUAUGUUAUGAAAGAUAGAAUUGA